GUGCGUCGAUAGUGACGUACGUGUGGUGUGUGGUGAGCAAACAAUUUUUUUCUCACGCGGAGAGCUGCAUGUUGCUCGAGUGCUAAUCUAAUUCCAAAGAAAAUGCACUGAUACAUUUACAUACGUUGGCCUUUUAAUUAAAUUACUUACUGUGCCUAUACCCUUUGAGAUACUUUCGUCAUUGAAAGACUCGACGGUUACCAAAAUGAGUUUAGUAGGAAAAAAGUGCGAAUCAAUAACCCUAUUGGAAUCGAAUACAGAAGACGUAAUACCCAGUGAUAUUACUCCUGAAGAUGUUUUGAGGCUGGAUAGAAUCACUGACACAUAUCUGUGCAGCCCUGAGGCUAAUGUAUACGAUAUAGAUUUUACGAGAUUUAAGAUCCGUGAUCUAGAGAGUGGGACAGUGUUGUUCGAGAUAGCGAAACCGCCGACGGACUUCGGUGUGGACAGCGAGGGCGCCGAGGACGCUCCAGAGGAGCCCUUGGACCCGAAUGCGGGCAGAUUCGUGCGAUAUCAGUUCACCCCGCAAUUUUUAAAGUUGAAGACUGUUGGGGCUACUGUGGAGUUCACGGUGGGUUCGCGUCCUGUCAACCACUUCAGAAUGAUCGAGAAGCACUUCUUCAGAGACACCCUGCUGAAGACCUUUGACUUUGAGUUUGGAUUCUGCAUUCCAUUCUCCAGGAACACUUGUGAACACAUAUAUGAGUUUCCUACGCUGCCACCAGAUCUAGUUGAAGAGAUGAUUGCAGCACCAUUUGAGACAUGCUCGGACAGCUUCUACUUUGUGGACAACCAGCUGGUCAUGCAUAACAAGGCUGAUUACGCCUACAAUGGAGGUAUCAACAACUAAAGGUGCACUGUAACAGACCAUAUUUUAAAUGGGUGGCCACUUGGCCAGUACCUCUGGGUGGCCACUUGGCCAGUAACUAUGGGUGGCCACUUGGCCAGUAAGUAACUAUGGAGUAUACAGUGUCAUGCUUUAGCACAAGGGUGGACAAACAGUCGCUCACAAGCUUAAGGAAGUUUUGUAGGGUUCUUUAUCAAAAAAGGUAAAAAGGAACCCUUAUUGAGUGAUUCUGUCCGCCUGUAACAUGGCUGAAUAACUCGGCAACUACUUAUGCUAUCAUUUUGAAAGUGGGAAUAGUUAUUAGGCUAACCCAGACGCAUUGAAACUGUAUUUUAUUUUUAUUUUAAGGUGCAAUGACUGUCCUUAUGGAGCCCCAAAUAUUAGCAUUUAACCUUUUUAUUAUUUAAUCUUCAAGAUUUAUUGAAACAACCCUUGUACUAAAAUAUAGUAAGAUGCCCAUAGUUACUUAUAGUUACGUGUGCCGUAAUACAACACAAUUAUUGCAAAAACAUUCAAAUGUUCGUGAUUACACAAACUUUUAAUGAUUGGCACUAAACUUUUUAAAGCAUUGGAUUUUGUCCAAGACACAUAAUUUGCAAUUAAUAUUUUGAUAUUCCGGUAUAGAAUACAAGGAAUAUUUUUCUCACAUUCACUAUGGGUAACAAAUGAUCUCAAAAUUUGUAUUUAUUUGUUUAUUAUUAUCAUAUAGUGCUCUAAGCAUUUAUUGGUUACAUAUUUAAGAACUGAAUAAAAACAUCUUAAUCAUUUCAACAUUAAUGUGUUCAAAGGUUUUAAAAUGCAUAUACAAAGUUGAAAUUUAUAAAACUAUUAUUUCUUGUACUUACAAAUACACCAUGCUCACGAGUCGUGACAAAUAGAUCAUUAAUAGAAACUAAACAUGUAUGUUUAUACUAUUCCGAACUGUAAGAAGUGUUUUGAAAUUUUAUUUGAAAUUACAUUUGCGCCUAGCAUUUAUAAUAUUAUAAUGGAUUUUUAAUAAGUUAUCACUAGAGCACCCAAUGUUUGAUGUUCACUGAAUUUUUGUAUUUUAUUUAUAUUAAAAUGACAUAACUAUUGAAUGAGUGACUUUGUUCUAGAUCUUAUAAUGUUACUAUAUAGUGUCCUUAUUAUAAAAGGCGUGAUAUGUAUUGAAAAGGAUUAGAAUUUAUGUAUAUAAUUCACUGGAAAGUGUGGUUAGAGUACAGUUGCAGUGGGAUUAUUCUAUUUCUCUAAAUGUAGCUUUUUUAUUAAUAUAUGUACUAUUAUUUUUACAUGUUUUAAUUUGUUCAUGAUUCAUAAGCCCACGUUUUGUAAUAAUUAAUAAUUAACCAUAAUUUAAUCAUAUUUUAGAAAUAGUUACAAAUACGUAAAUUGGGAGCAGAUUAGAAAAAAAGAGAUUGUUUUUGACUUAAGGGGCUUGAAUGGCUAAACACUUAAGUCUAGAGAAAAAGAAUAUUACCACUAUACUAUUAGAUGUUAAAGUGUGUGCUUAGCCAGUUAUAUCUAGUCAUUAUAGUAAGUCCAGAUUGAAUAUAGGUACCGAAAACUAAAAUGCAAAGAGAUGCGAAGAACCAGAAGGAUAAACAAUAUGUUAAUAACUACAGGGACUGAGAAUUAGAAAAGGGUAUUUACAUAUAAAAAAGAGUGUAUAUCUAUGGCAUCACUUGUUAUUUAAAACGAAAAAUAUGUAUGUACUUAAAAGCUAACUGUAGGAAGUGUGUAGGAAUGAAGAAUUUGGUGAUUACAACAUAAAUGCUCAUUUCUAAUGGCGUUCUGAAUUAUAAUUUUGUAAAAUAUAUAAAUUACCAUUUAUGACAGUUAUAAUUCAGUGGUAGUUCUUUCUUGUACGACAAUAUCUGGAAAAUUAAGGUCUCUAAAAUGUUUACUAUAGCCGGUCAAACAACUUCGUCAGUAGGAAAAGGCGCUAAAUUCAAUUUUUUUCUAAGGGGCUAUUCGUGCCCGUAGUUUUUAAAUUUGCCGCUUUAUUCUAUUGACGGAAAUGGCUUGACAGACUUUAAAUAUCUACAUGACAUAAUCAUUAAGGCCAUUCCACUAACCCGGGAUUAACCGGUUAAACCUGGCAUUACCAUGAUUACCAGUACAAUUUGACACUAGGUUAACGGUUUAACCGCUGAAUUCCGGGUUAGUGGAAUGGUGCAAGUGGGCCUAAAGAAUUUUAUUGUGAACCAUAAUUAUUUGGUUAUAGUACUUAUAGUGACCCUCUGUUCCUAAUUUUGAUUCUAAAUUAAAAUGCACAAUCUUACAAUUUGAUGUAAGCAAAUUCGAUAAUAAUUAAAAUUAAAAAGGAAUUAAAUGAAAAAUCCCAAAAUAUUGUCUCCUUUUAUGCCGUCCAACAUUGUUUACAAGCUUACUUGCUGACAUAAUAAAAUGUUAAAAGGUAAAAUGUGUUCAUUCCAUGUAAAUUUGGGAUAAAUUCAAAAUUGGAUAUAAUUUUGAAAGAGCCUUAUCAGCCGUUAUUUCCUUAACUCCAUUGCCACACGUUUAUUGUAUUCGGAUAACGAACGAACGGCGGUCCUACUUAAUAAUGAUGUACUUAUAUCAAAAUUACAAUAAUAAAUUGAUGCUGUAUUUUUUUUACAGUACAUAUGGGGUACCUGUACCGCACUAGUGCGAUAAUGAGCUUUAGCACAUUACGCAACUAUGUCGAAAAUUUAAAGGGUCAUAUUCAUAUGUACUGUAAAACGUUGUACGGUUUACGUGUGAAUAGGUAAUUCACAACUCGUGUCGAUUCGCUCGCCCUUCGGUGUUUUAAUUAUCGCCACUCGUUUCGAAUUUCCUUUAAUUUCGCACUUUUAUCGUAAUAUUAAUUAGGUAGGAGCAAAGGAGCAACGAUUACCUGCCUGGGUCCCCAUUUUGUCCCGUGGGUGUCGUAUAAGGCGACUAAGGGAAAACUGGCGACAGAUAUGCAUAUGAGCAAGGCUCGCCCGUAUCCUUAGCGGGGUCCUUGCUCACAAGAGCUAUGCGCGCGCCACAUAAAAAAAAACCUGCCUGGGUGGGAAAUUGAGAAUGCAACGAGUGUAAAAACAUUUGAGAUUAACAGGGAGGCAUUUUCAAAAGUGAUAGUUUGAGAUUGUACAAAGCGUAUCUUGAAAUAUGAAAUAAAUCCUCAAAAAUGUGCAAAACUUAAAUCCUAUGAGAAUAAGCCAGCCAUACAUACUCGUAUAUAGGUAACAAAAAAUAAGUAUGGGAUUUCCCGCUUAUUUUUAUUUAAAUUUAUUCUUGAAUGCAUUAUGUUAUGUGUGUGACUUUUAUAACAAUUGUAAAUGAGUGGAAUUCGUUAGAAACUAUAUUUUGGUGUCUAGAAACACUCGCUGCGCUCACGAUAAUAUUCUCGCCCGGGUCCAAAAAAUUAUUUGUUGCUUCAUGAAAAAUGACUAUACCUACAGAUUUUUUGUAACCAAAUUGGGUCACGAUAACCUGAAAAGCUUUACUAUUUAGAAAUGACAGAAAUGCAUUGAUGCGUUUGACCUUUUAGUUCCAUAUACUUAUAUUAAAUGUGUUUGUACCAUGUCACUGGCAUCACCUCACUAGUUUUGUCGAAAAUAAAUCGUUUGAAAACA